AUGGCUGUGGGGCGUAUCAAGGAAUCAACCUUGAACGUGUUUAGCAACGACUACCCGACCCAUGACGGAACCUGUGUGCGAGACUAUCUCCACGUAUGCGACUUGGCGGAUGGCCAUCUCAAUGCACUUGAGGCACUUGAAGAUGGAUCGACCGUCUUUGACCAUCCAGAUGGUGUCGGUGUCGGUGACAAGGAAGGAGAGGGCAAGUUCAGAGCGUUCAACCUCGGCGCGGGCCGUGGGAUGAGCGUCUUUGAUAUUGUCGAAGCCAUGAGGAAAGCGACUGGAUUCGACUUCAAGACCAAAGUUGUUGGUAGGAG